AUGAAGCAAGUAGAAGAGUACAUGUCCUACAGGAAAUUGCCCAGGGAACUUCGCAAUAAGAUAAUUGACUACUACGAGCACCGGUACAAUGGAAAAUUUUUCAACGAAGUGGAAAUUCUACAGGAGGUCUCGGAGUGUCUUCGAGAUCAAAUCGUGAACUACAAUUGCCGUUCCCUGGUAGCUGCGGUGCCUUUUUUCAAAGACGAGGACGAAAAUUUCGUGGUAGAUGUUCUAAAUAGGCUAAAAUUCGAAGUCUUUCGCCCCAACGAUAUUAUCAUAAAGCACGGCACAUUGGGCACAAAAAUGUACUUUAUCCGCGAGGGCACGGUCGACAUCAUCCUUCCCGACGGAACCAUGGUGAACACACUCUCAGACGGGGCCUAUUUCGGAGAAAUCGCCGUUCUCACCAAUAGUCGGCGCACAGCGACAAUUCAAGCCAAGACCUACUGCAAUCUGUACUCCCUGGAGAAACAUGACCUGUGCGAGGUGCUCAGGAAUUACCCCGCGAUCAAGUCUAAAUUGAUGUUUGUUGCCGAGGAAAGACUGCAGGAUCUUUCGAGAAAACAAUCUUCCGAGAGUUUUGUGCCUGUGGAUAAAACCGAACAAGCUGGUAAACGUGGAGGUGGAAGUGUCACCUCCAAAGGACUGACUACGAAGCAUGAGUCACCGUCGAAAAAGGACCAUCAGAAAGGGCCACCACCCGUCAACUCUUCCGCUCCACCUCCUCAACGACUGUCCGCAUUAAGCCGCUGUCUACGCCAUGCUGGAACAACAUAG